AUGACAAGUAAAGAUCAUCUACUAUCAAAUAAGAGAAGACGAGAUGAUGGAGGAGAUAAUGAUGAAUCAGAUGAAACAUUUGAUCCAAUGGGAGAAGUAGGUGUAAAUGAAUUCAUGACUCAGAAAUUAACCAAACGUCGCAAGGUAACCUAUUCCGACGAAGAAGAAGAAGAAUCAGAUUCCGACUCCGAUUCCGAUUCUGACGCAGAUUCAACUACCGAAGAUUUAAUUGAAGAAAGUUCCCCCACCACUGAUCAAGAAGAUUCAAUUCCUGAACAACAAGUAGAAGACGAUGAUGAAAGUAAUAAAUCAGCUGGUAUAAUUGAAAAAUUACGAUUUGAAAACUUCAUGUGUCAUUCUUUAUUUGAACUUGAAUUAGGAAAUCAAAUUAAUUUUGUAAUUGGUAGUAAUGGUUCUGGUAAAAGUGCAAUUUUUACAGGCAUUGCUGUUGGAUUGGGUUGUAAAGCCCAUGAAACCAAUAGAGGUAAUUCUAUGAAGGACUUGAUUAAAGAUGGGACCAAUAGAGCUAAGAUUACCAUUGUGUUUAAGAAUGAAGGUAGAGCUGCAUUUAAACCCCAUAUAUAUGGGAAAAGAAUCAUUAUUGAACGUAUAUUGAAUCGUCAUGGUGCACAUCCAUAUCUGAUUAGAAAUGAAUCUAAGAAGAAAGUAUGUAGUAAGAAAUCAACUGUGGCUGAGAUUUUAACUAAAUUUGGUAUUGCAAUUGAUAAUCCGUUGGUUUUUUUAUCACAAGAUAGAGCAAGAGAAUUUUUAACUUCAAGUACUGAUAAAGAUAAAUAUCAAUAUUUUAUGGAUGGGGCUAAUAUUAAUCAAAUUCUUUCUAAUUAUUCUGAAACUACUGAAAAUAUUCAACAAAUUGAAAAGAAAAUUUCACCAGCUAAGGAACAUGUUAAAGCUCGUACUGCAGAAUUUAAAGAAGCUAAAGAGUUAUAUGAUAGACAUGAAUCACAAGCUGGUUUAAGAGAAAAGUUACAUAAAUUACUUGGAAAGAUUAAUUGGUUUAAUGUUGAAUAUAUGGAAGGAAAAGUUAAGAAAUUCAAGAAUAGAAUUGAAGAAACUGAAAGUAAUUUAGAAACUUGUGAAAAAGAAAUUCUUACCUGUUCUAAAGAUUUAGAAUCUAAUGAAUCAGAAAAAGUCACUUUGGAAAAUAGUCGAAACGAAGCCCAAGAACAAUAUCUGAAAAUUCGUUCCGAACAUCAAGCCAUGAAGGAUAAAAUGAAACAAUUAAGCAGUGAACUGUCGGACUGUAGGAAAGAACUCGAGGCACAAGCCGACAACAUUAAAGAAACCCAGAGAGAAAUCAAACGCAAGCAAGCAGAAGUCGAUAAAGAACAAGCCCGGAUCGAUCAUAUCAACGGUGGAUCAAAACUUGAACUCCAAACCAAAGUCGAAGAAAUCAACGCCCAGUUACCCGAGCUUGAAAAUCAAUUACUGACCUGUCAAGAUAAAAUCCGUGAAUUACGAAAUCAAUACGACCCUGAAAUCCAAGAAUUAAACAAAAAAAUCCAAGAUUCCCAAUCCAAAAUCUCCGAAUACGAUAAACAAAUCAACUCCUUAAGAAGAUCUCAAGGUGGGUCGGACAAAUAUGCCCCCUUUGGAAAAUCCAUGCCUGAUAUCAUCAAAAGAAUCAACCAAACCCAAUGGGCAAAAACCCCCAUCGGCCCCAUCGGGAUUCAUGUGGUAGUCAAACCCCAAUUCAAACAAUAUAAAGCCCUUAUGAAUUCAUUCCUCGGUAGAACCUUAGAUUCAUUCGUGGUUAGUAAUGAACAAGAUCGAUCUAAACUAGCCCAAAUUCUCAAAUCCUACCGAUCAAGAAAUAACAUCAUCGUCAGGAAAAAUGAACGAUUGGAUUUCAUGCAAGGAAAAGCCCCGGCGGAAUUCAAGACGAUUUAUGAUGCAUUAUUGAUUCAGAAUGAAGAAGUAUUGAAUACUUUGAUUGAUUGUAAUAGUAUUGAACGGAAUUUAUUGAUGGAGAAUACCCAAGGUAGUGAACGGAUAUUGAGGAGUCCUAAUGUAUCGAAUAUCUUUGCUCCAUUUGGGGCUGAUUCGGGUAUAAAAGUGAACAUGGCCGGUUCGACCUACAGACAAGAUCCAGUUCCGUAUAGAGGAGAAUUGGAUAAGUUUGGGGUUGAGAGUAAGGAUGCGUUGAUUGCUGAGUUAAGAGGGAAAUUGGAUCAUGAGAGGGAGAAUAAACGAAAGAUUGAAGAUGAGAUAAGUCGGAUUAGGGAGAUUCAAGCUAGGAAACGUCGGGAAUUGGAAAUUGAACAUAAAGGGAUUGAGGGUGAGAUUCGUCGUUUGAAUCGAGAACUUGCAAAUGCACAAAAUAAAUUAGAUGAGAAUGUUGAUAAGACCAAGAUUGAAAAAUUACUGGCUCAGAUUGAAGGACUUGAGAAUCAAAUUAUGAGAUAUGAAGGGAUUAUGGAAUCGAUGAAAGAAGAAGGACAAAAGAAAAAAGCUGAACAUGAACGAUUACGUCCUAAUUAUAAAUUAUUAAAAGAAGCGGUAGAAAAAGCCAAUAAGGCCUGUUCUGAGAUUCAGAAACAAAUUGAUUUACAGCUUGAUAAACAAAUUCAGAUUCAAACAAGGGAGAAGGAAUGGUUAAAUAAACGUACUCAAUACCAAGCUGUUCUCGAAGCUGCCACUGAGAAAUUAGGAACUGCCAAUACGACAUUAACUAAAUUAGUUGAGGUUGCCGAGAAUGUAUGUCCGAGAGAAGAAGUCACAAUUACCGAACAGGAUACUAAAGACACCAUUGCUAAUGAAUAUGCCGAGAUUCAAAUGCGUCUUCAAGCUGCCGAAGAAAGUAUUGGAAUAUCAUUCGAAGAGAUUCAAAAACAAUUAGCCCAAACCAAAACAAAAAUGGAAAUAGCCAAGGGAGAACUUGAUGAUUUGAAUGAAACUUAUAAUAGACUUCGUGUUGAAUUAAAUAUUAGAUUCAAUGUAUUAAGAACCCUAAUCACUGCCGCGGUAAAUAACGCUUCUCGAACAUUUGAAGAUUCAUUAGCGAUGAGAGGAUAUCGUGGGAAAUUAUCAUUUGAAUUCAAAGAUAAAUGCCUAAAAUUAUUAGCUCAAACCAAAAAAGAUGAUGAAAUGAGAACAGUUGAUUCAUUACUGGGAGGGGAGAAAUCAUUUACACAAAUUGCAUUAUUAUUGUCAAUUUGGAAGGUUAUGGAUUCAAGAAUUAGAGGAUUGGAUGAAUUUGAUGUUUUUAUGGAUCAAAUUAAUAGAAGUAUUAGUAUUAAAUUAUUAAUGGCCCAUUUACAAGAAUAUCCUAAAUCACAAUCGAUUUUUAUUACUCCUCAGGAUAUUGCUGUGGUUGGGGAUUUGAAUAAUUCGAUGGUUAAGAUUCAUAGAAUGUCAAAUCCAAGAGAUGAUUAG